AUGGCAACUCUUCCCGAUGAUGUGGAAUCUUUGCAUAAACGAAUUCAGUUGAGUGAGGAGUGGAAUAUGCGGCUGCAGAGUCAGAUUCAGGAACUUUUGCGUCUCUCGCACAAUGAAGUAAAGACGAUGCGUGAUCGAAUGCAGAAUCCUGAUAUUGCUAUUCCACUCCUGCAGUGCUA